UUUUAGUAUCAGAAGUCAAUCAAUUCCUUAAUAAGGUGUCGUGAAAGAAGACAAACCCCUAAAACCUAAAUUAAUUAUCAUCAUGAAAGUAUUCGUUUUUCUAGGACUGUUAGCUUGCUUAAGUUCUGCAAGUGCAGCUGUAAUUCCAUUGGAUUCGAAGUUUAACAGUACUGUUGAACAAAUCAAAGAAAUUCUUGCAGAAAUUGAUCCUGCAAGAGUUACUGACGUUUCUGUCACUUUGCUUGACAGAGUAACCGCUACUUUGAAGUCAGCCUCAGUUUCUGACUUCUCCAAGUUCGUCUUUCCAUCGUUAGUAGAUGAUGGCGAAAAUAUAAAUGCUGUUUUUCAACUCCCUAAACUUUCUGCUAACGUAGACAGCCUACUUUUAUCAAUUUCCACAGGACUUAGCGCUGGUGUACCAACCCUCGAUGCAUCAGUAGGCGGCGUGAAUGUUGACGUCAGUGCUUCUUACACUACAUCACCUCUACGAGUGACGGCUCUUUCAGUUCUCCUCCAACUUCAAUCUGUUUCCAUACAGGCAAGGGUCGAACUUAAUCAAUUUGGUGCAGAUAUUUCAGUUGAGGGCGACGAAGUUGUUGAAACAAUCAAUAACUUAUUAGUCGAAGCCCAAAGUACAGUAAGCCAGGUCAUUUUAAGCAUUGCCAAUAAGGUACUUUCUAUUAUCGAUCGUGCAUAAUCACAGUGUACCUACUGAUAAUUUUUUUUAUGUAUUUUACAGUUAAGUAUAAAUAAAGUUAUUUGCACAUAUA